AUGGCCUCGACACGCCCCCCUGCCCCUGAGGUCCACAGCGCCGUAAACCUGUUAAUCGACAACCUGGUCAACAUCAAAGAUGAAACCGGCAAAUUCCUCCUCCACCUCCCCGACGGACGCGUUAUCGACACCAAGUCCUGGCAUGGCUGGGAGUGGACACACGGCAUUGGCCUGUACGGUGUCUGGAAAUACUAUGAGCUCACGGGCGAAGCCAGACUACUCCAGAUCAUCGAGGACUGGUUCGCUGCACGAUUUGCCGAGGGUGGAACAACCAAGAACAUCAAUACUAUGGCCGUGUUCUUGACACUGGCAUACGUGUACGAGAAGACCGGAAAUCCAACGUAUUUGCCGUGGCUGGACGCGUGGGCCGAGUGGGCAAUGCAUGAGCUUCCCCGCACCCGCUACGGUGGUAUGCAACACAUCACAUACAUCACCGAGAACUACCAACAACUCUGGGAUGAUACUCUCAUGAUGACAGUGAUGCCUCUAGCCAAGAUUGGCAAACUUCUCAACCGCCCCGAAUACAUCACAGAAGCGAAGAAGCAGUUCCUAACUCACAUCAAGUACCUCUUCGACACCAAGACGGGUCUUUUCUUCCACGGAUGGACUUUUGAGGAAGGGGGUCACAACUUCGCGGAUGCACGAUGGGCACGGGGAAACAGUUGGGUCACCAUUGUGAUUCCCGAAAUAAUCGAGCUGCUGGAUCUGGAGCCUACCGACCCUAUUCGGUUGCAUCUGAUCGAGACUCUGGAGGCGCAAUGUGAGGCACUCCAGCGCGUCCAGUCCGAGUCUGGUGGCUGGCACACUCUCUUAGACCACCCUGACUCUUACCUUGAGGCAUCCGCCACCGCUGGCUUUGCUUAUGGUAUUUUGAAGGCUGUGCGCAAGCGAUACAUCGGUGCCGAAUACCGACCCGUGGCCGAGAAGGCCAUCCAGUCUGUGAUUAAGGAUAUUGAUGAGAAGGGCGAGCUUCAGAACACGAGUUUCGGCACUGGAAUGGGUGACUGCCUUCAAUUUUAUAAGGAUAUUCCAUUGACAUCCAUGCCAUAUGGGCAGGCAAUGGGUAUCAUGGCACUGGGAGAGUAUCUGCGUACAUACCUUUAG